ACUUCAGUGUACUUUCUGAUUUCGCAACGGUUCGAACGUGAGCGCGCCUGCAGGAAUCGAAGGACUCGCUUUUUGGGGAAGUCACAACGUGGACUUCGUCCUCGCACUCGCACUUCGUCAAGUAUCCGCCGUGGAUGCCGAAUGUCCUGUGGUGCACUUUCAGUCGAAUCUCGACGUUCGCCUGCAAUGGAUCAGGGGACUCCCAAGCGGCGGCUCCCCGAGUCAGUCAAGUAGAGCGCGAAAAUUGAACGUAAAAUCGCUCGCAGGAUAUGUUUGCCGGAUAUGUCAACCUACGCGGAGCCCAACCUCCGUCCGGUGGCUUCCUCCUCCGAUCCGAGUGCUUCCCCAAGUGCUAGUGCUUAAGAAGAAGAUAAAAAAAGAGGCGAGCAGGCCAGGAACCACAAAGCGAAAUAGCCAAAAAGAGAUAUAAAGCAAAAAUGUUGGCCCUGAGCUGGAUGAUGAUGUCAUGCCAUUGUGCUGGCCAAAAGUGAAAGUGUUGUUGCCGCUUUUCCGGCCACGGGUGACACAUGAGCGGCUCAGUCAUGUGCCAUUAUCCCUCAAGUGCACGACCCAGUAAUUAACUGCGAAAGCUACCCCACAAAAAAAGAAACGUGUAAUAAACUCACUGCGAAAAAUUGAGAUUUAGUGGAAUUGCCCAUUAAGGAUUAUAGCCACAUAAAGGAUACUCUCGCUGAGCUAUGGAUACCCUAAUUGCGCUCUGCUCUCUACUGUUGUUACUCCUUUCGCAAAACGCUGCAAUCCUUGGCCAGUUGGACAGCACGAGCAGCGGGGGGAGUGGCACUGGCGGCGCGCCCCCCGAUAGACCGCCCACUCCCCCGCUCAGCCUGCAGCCGUCGACGCCAUCAAUAACGCAUUUCGUAAAUGAGUCCUUCAUCAUCUUCUGCCAGACAGUACAAAAGGAUAUCGACACCAAGUGGCGCGAUCCCCGCGGACAGACCCGUGAGAACACCAAGGGUCGCGUCCACAUCGAGAAGAAGACGACGGGACUCCUGGCAUUAGUUUUCGAGCACAUCGCACUGGAGGACAGAGGGAACUGGACCUGCGAGGUGAACGGGAACAGGAACGGCAAUCGCAACGUGAAUGUGGAACGUGAAUUUUUGGCCUCCUUCGAGCUGCUCGUAAAUCAGAAAAUCUCAUUUGGCAAGACGGAGCAAGUGCAGUCGGUGCGCGAGGGACGCGACGCGAUGGUCAAUUGCUUCGUGGAGGGAAUGCCCGCGCCGGAGGUCUCCUGGCUCUACAAUGGCGAAUAUAUAAACACCGUCAACUCGACGAAGCACAAUCGCCUGUCCAACGGUCUGUACAUCAGGAAUGUGAGCCAAGCGGAUGCCGGGGAGUACACGUGUCGGGCGAUGCGCAUAACGCCGACUUUCUCGGACUCCGAUCAGAUAACAAUUUUGCUAAGGAUACAACAUAAACCCCACUGGUUCUUCAACGAGACCCUGCCCGUGCAGUACGCCUAUGUGGGCGGGGCGGUGAACCUGAGCUGCGACGCGAUGGGCGAGCCGCCACCAUCGUUCACCUGGCUGCACAACAACAAGGGCAUCGUGGGCUUCAAUCACCGCAUCUUCGUGGCGGACUACGGUGCCACGCUGCAGCUGCAGAUGAAGAACGCCUCGCAGUUCGGCGACUACAAGUGCAAGGUGGCCAAUCCGCUGGGCAUGCUGGAGCGGGUGAUCAAGCUGAGGCCAGGGCCUAAGCCACUGGGACCGCGGCGGUUCCAACUGAAGAAGCUCUACACCAACGGCUUCGAGCUGGACAUCCAAACGCCAAGGAUGAGCAACGUGUCCGACGAAAUGCAGAUCUACGGUUACCGGGUGGCCUACAUGAGUGACACUGAGUUCAAGUUCAGCGCUGGAAACUGGAGCUAUGCCAAGCAGAGGGACUUCUCCUUCCACGGGGGCAAGCACUUCAUCAUUCCCCACCUGGAGACGAACACCACGUAUCUGAUGCGGGCGGCCAGUAGGAAUCUGGCCGGAUUGAGCGACUGGAGUCCCGUGAAGGUGUUCACCACGGCCGCAGGAUGCAGCUGGAGUCCUUGGCUGUAUCCGUCAUAUGGACUCAUUCUCGCUUUGAUCUGGACAUAGAGCCUCGACCUAUACCGAUCACCAAUACCAAAUGCAAUCCCAACCCAAACUCGUUAUUGUUGCGCUAAGUUUUCUGUUUUCGUGUAUCUUCUGUGAUAGAACUUUGUGUGUGCAAUUUAACCUUUAACCUAACCCGAGAACGUUGAAGGAGCGAAUUAUUAAACGAAAUGCUUUUAGCUAUAUAUAGACGACAUCUGUUUAGCCUAUUGCCAAUUUUUGCUGCCAACUUUCAUUCAUCGAUCGCAUUUUUUGUACGUUUUUUAUGAGAAAUUAUUAUCGAACGAUUUUGAAGAGGGUGGAAUCCUUACGAUACAUACAAUACAUAUGCAUUGUCAACUCUACCUUAUAGUUAAAUAUGAAACGCCCAACUCUACAUAAAUGUUGUUCAAGCUAAAGAUAACUAAAACGAUAUACAAGUAAACACACACACACACAAAAGAACCGAAAACUUUGAUGAAUUUUACAAAACACAAAUGGAAGUCCAAAUUAUUGAUUACAAAUGAUAAAUGGAAGCAGAGCAAAUCAAUAAUAGAAAGCGGAUUGAAUUAGCUUAAUUGAAGUGAAAAUCGAAUACCAGAAAUGAGAAUCGAACCCCGAAGUAAAAAGUAAAGAAAUGUUUAGUUGGUAAGCAGUGCGUAUGAGUAAUAUGAAAAUAAAUUCAACUGAAUGUGU